UUUGCCAUCAAAAUCAACACUGCAACAGUGCAAGACAUGAUAAAUUUACAAAAGUUACAAAAUUUAGCCACACUUCAGCAGCAUCAACAACAACAACAGCAGCACCACUCUCAGCAAAAACAACACCUGCAACAACAAAACUCCACCAACAACGUAGAUUCAGCGACAGCGGCUGCAUUAGCAAGUCUUCAGGGAUUAGCAGCGGGCAUAACUGCCUCAGCUGCUGCCGCUUUGAACUCACCUCUAAAUUUAUCAGUGGGGUCUGGAAUCAAUUCAACUUUGCCCAACAGUUUGUGCUCGCCCACAACUGCAGCAGCAGCUGCUGCAGCCGCUGCAACAUUAUCCGCAACGAAUGCUUUUGCGAACAAUAUCAAUAGCAAUAACAAAGUCAUGUCUCAUGCCAGUGGAUCCCAAGAUAAUCCGGGCACUACAUCACCAAAUUCGCAUGCCUCACACGCGGAUAGACAAACGUCAGCACAAAGUACUUUGGCAAAUGUGCUGAAUUCAGCUGCAGCGGCAGCCGCAGCAGCGGGUGCAGCUGCUACAGCAUCGCCUCCACCUACGCUCCAAGCACCACCGGCUAGCGCACAGAUGCCGCAAUUGAUAUUAGCAUCCGGACAGUUGGUGCAAGGCGUGCAGGGUGCACAAUUGCUGAUACCCACAGCUCAAGGCAUUGCUGUACAAACAAUACUCACUAUACCUGUUAGUCCGCAAAUCAAUACAAAUGAGCAAUUCAUGCAGAACUUUGGUGCAUUUGCUUCAUUUCAACAGCAGCAACAACAACAACAUCUACUGGCCGCUGCUCCUCAACUUCCACCGCCUUUGUCAGCUUUACAACAUGCACCAACGUUGCCUCAACUCGCCCAAACACCAACGAAUUUACUUAAGCCAAAUCUGUUUUCGAAUGGCGUUCAACAGUUGCUAGCAGCCCUACAUCCCGAAUUAUUUGCGGCCGCUGCUGUUAACCAUCAUCACCAGCAACGGGAGCAGCAGCAACAUCUUGGUCAUCACACCCACCUAACCCAUCACGCCCACACGACUGACUUACAUUUAGGCACUCGCAGUUCCGAACGUACGCCACCUUCUUCGCCAACCAGUAGUACAAAAGCAGCGGCCGCUGCAGCAGCUGCUGCUGCCGCCUUCCACCUACAGCAGCAAUUGCAAAUCAAACAGGAAUCAGUGCCACAUCUCAGUCAUCAUCAUGCUUUACAACAUCAUGCGUUACGUCAUCCAGAUGAGUUAGCUUCACCAAAAAUGGAUUGCAAAGGAACACUACAGCACAGUGAUGGAAACGUAUCUCCACCACCAACUUCCCGCCAUCAUUAUUCAUCAAGUAAUCAUCAUCAUCAUCGCAACAAUGCGAUAUCUUCACCUUCUCCCCGACCAUCGUCCUCUUCAUCCAGUUCUAUGAAUUUGCGUGAUCGCGAAUCACAUCAUAGUCUUAAACAUAGUCCCAGUCGCAAUGCUAAUUCCAGCAUUGGUGGUAUGAAUCUCAGUCAGCACAGCAGUGAAAGAGAACGUGAAAGGGAUAGGGAUAGAGAGCGUGAACGUGAACGUGAGCGUGCCGCACGUACCUCUUCACCAGUACAACUUAAUUCAAACCAAUCUCUGGGUAGCGGUAGAAACUCAACUUCCAUUUCAGUAUCAUCAUUAGCAACCGCAACCUCAGCAUCAGUAUCCGCUUCGUUAUCUGCAGCUAGCAGUCAGCAGCACCACUCAAGCCAAGCAAGUCCCACAACAUCUACAACAACCACAAUACCCUUAACAAACUGCUCAGCAACAGCAACAAAUCAUGAAAGAGGUUAUUCUUCACCAUUGGGUGGUAGCAGUGGUACUGGUGCUGGACAAUUGUUCCGCAGCCAUUCACCAAAUACUACACAUUUGCAUCACCAUCAGCAGCAACAACAUCUCUUGGGCUCACCGCACGAACGUGAUUUUCUUGGCGGUAGCAACGGUUGUGGUACCUCAAGUCAUGGUAUUUCCGGAACUACAAAUGCCACAUCAACAGCAGCAGCCAAUGUUUUGAAUAGCAUCAAUAGACUUACCGCCUCAAAUGGGGAACUAACCAUUACAAAAUCACAUGGACCACCUACAGCAACAGCAACACGCGCAUCUUCUGCUUCACCUACUCUAUUGGGACCCGCAGCACCACAUGGUGGCCUGGGUAGUGGUGUGCACCUGCAUCAUCCCCAUCAUCCAUUGCAUCCACUAAAACUUAGUCCUACAACUAGCUCAGCUUUACAGCAAAGAGAACGUGAACGUGAGCGUGAACGUGAACGAGAUAGAGAACGCGAUCGGGAGCGAGAGCGAGAACGUGAUAUGGAACGUGAACCACCACAAAUAUCACCUAAUGGCACAGAAAGCUCCACCGGUCCUCAUGACUUGCUUAUGGAUUCUCCGAGUGAGUAA